AUCGCCUACGUCAGAGGAUUUCAUAUGCCAGGCGCAGAGGCACGAUCCCCUUACCCCAUGAAAUCCCCAGAUACAUUGAAUGAUCGUCGGGGGUAGGGUUAUCCCUCCCCAAGACGGGAAAGUCUUCACCCCGCAUCUUCGUACAGAAUGAUUGACCGGUUGAUGCAAUGAGCCGUCGCUCCCCUCAACGAUCCUAGCAACCCACACCUUUAUUCACCACGCUAUAACUUAAUCAUGCCCAUACCCUGGCCACCUACUUCUAUUCCCAAUGAGUUUGGCAUCGCCACUCUCUCCCUCGGAAACGCCAUUCACCAUCGACUCCAACCCCGUCUCGAAGCAGCCGCCAAAGCCGGCUACCGCUGGAUCGACCUGUUUGACGAAUGCUGGGCCGCGUACCUCGAGGAAAAUGGACUUUCCGGUGACCAGCUCUGGGAAGCAACCACCGAAAACCUGCGGAUCGCCCGUAAAUUCGGCGACUUAGUCAAGUCACUUGGAAUGCGUAUCGCAUGCACACAGCCUCUGCGCAAGAUCGAAGGCAUCAAGGACCCUGCUGAGCGGCGAGCCUCGUUGGACCUGGUCGCCAAGCGCUUCCCGUUCAUGCGCGCAUUUGACACCGACCUCGUGUUCAUGUGUGCCAACAUCCGCACCGACAAUGGAGUCACGUCUGACCUGAGGACAGUAGCACGCGAUCUUGCGGAGCUAGGUGACAUGGCCAGGGCAUACUCGGACGCAGAUGGUGGUCCCAUGCUGCGCAUCGGCUACGAGGGCCUAUCGUGGGCGACACGCAACACCUGGGCGUCCACCUGGGAAGUCGUGCGAAUGGCCAAUCGUUCCAACGUUGGAAUCAUUAUCGAUGUAUUCAACAUGUUGGCUGUGGAAUUUGCCGAUCCAUAUAAUCCCGCUGGUCAUGGCCGCAUUUACCCGACACUGGAAGAGUCCACAGACGUACUGUGUGCAUCAUUGGCGUCUCUUGUGGCUUCUGUGCCUGGCGACCGUAUAUUUUUCUUCCAGGUGGGUGAUGCCGAGCUCAUGGAUCCAAAUACAUUCCGUCCCCCAACAGACCCAGAGGUACCUGCACUGUUGCCGUGGUCGCGCGGACAUCGAUUGUAUCCAUUUGAGUCGCAGCGUGGGGGGUAUAUGCCGGUACACCUGGUUGCUGCCGCUGUUGUGGCGACAGGAUACCAGGGUCCGAUGUCGCUGGAGGUAUUUAACAAUUCAUUAAAUGUGCCGGGUCAAGAUGUCGCUGCUGUUCAUGCCGAACGGGGCAUCACAGGUCUUCGCAAACUGGCUGAAGCAAUCCGUCAAGUCCCGGCAUUCUGGGAAUUGUGGCAGCAGGGAGUUCGCUCCAUGGGCCAGGUUCGUUUAUAAGAACAUGGGUCGCAUUAGCUAUAUUAUACAUUGCAGCUACGCAGGCAUCUCCAGCCACUGCGACUUGCAGAAAGAGAUAACUAGCACGAUGCCUGAAACCGUUGGCAACCGUUCCACUUCAUAAACACAAAACCAAGCUAUUAUCAGCCCUUGCACGCCGAAACAAUUCUAUUCAUCACAUAAUGUAUAUCCUCCUACAUACAGAAGCAAACUUCCUCUUCGUAGUAGACCAAAAC